GAGAUCCAUGGCAGGAGCUGGCUGAUUCUACCCCUCUCUUUUCCAGGGGAUCAUCUGCAGGAGCUGGUUGCCUUCCACCGCCUGGCCACAGCCUAUGACUUGCUGCACAUGUACGAGAUGGCCGAGGAUUGCUACCUGAAGACCCUGGCCAUGCGUCCCCCCGUGCUGCAGAGCUCAGCAGAAGCUCUGUACUACUGCAAGGUCUACUGGCACCUGGGCAACCUGGCUCUGCACAAGCUGCAGGAUGAACAGGACGCAGCCUCCUACUUCCUGCUGGCCCUCGCCGCAGCCGCCGAGCUGGGAGACCGGGAGCUGCAAGCCCUGCUCCGUGCCAAGCUGGGUGCCAUCCCUGGAGCCCCAGGGGGACCUGAGGGCACCCCAGGCUGUGCCACGGAGCGGCCCCGGUGGCUGAGCGAAGGUGGCCACAUGGUGUGACCCAUCUGCCACCCUGGGGACACCAGUGGGAGCCGUCAGCAGCAGCGUGCAAGGUCCGUGUGCUCUCCAGAACCGGCCCAGGAGAGGUCCUUCACCGCAUCCUGAAGAGCUGGAAGGGUUUGGGCUCCUCAUCCCAAGCACUUGGGAUCCUGCCCUCGUUUUUCAGGAGCAGGGCUGUGCCUGCAGAGGAGGUGGCACAGCCAGGGCAGGAUGAGGGCCCAGCAGCGGGGCUGGAGCUGGUGGUGCAGCAAGGCUGAGCUCCUGGGAGGUUUCACAAGCAGGAUGGGGACUGGGGAGUGCUGCCAUGUGCCUGCUUGUCCCCACACCUUGGAGCAGCUCAGCCCAACCCAAACGUGUUUGAGACAGCAGCUCCUUUAUUUAUGCCUGCUUGUUAUCCUAUCCUGCCCCGCGAGGUCUGUGAUGGAAUCUCUCUCCUGUAAAAAGCACCACCAAAGCUUUUGGCAGUGAGACUCAGAAUUAGGGAAGUGAGGAGGAAUAAAGGGGCUGCUCCAGCCUCAUCUGG